CUCGCACGCCACCCCGGGCGCGCCGGCUCCGAGCGGCGGCGUGCAGGACUGGUGGGUGUUCUCCAGCCCCGAAGCGUCGCCCCCAGCCCCCGCCCCUGGCCCUACCCCUCCCGCUUCUACGCAAAUAAGAACUCGGCGAUUCCCCUCCUGCCUCUUUGAUUUCGGGCACCUCCGACAGAUAAUUGGGAAGGGUUUCCAGAAGGUGGGAAAUGUCACCUGAUUCACACUGAACUUUUAAAAGCUCCCCACCCCCAAAGAGCCGGCACACCCUCGGUCGCGGCCGCCCUCCCACAGCCCCACACACUGGGAGACCGCCCACCUCAAACCUUAAGACCCCCGUCUAGAUUUAAAGCGCGGCUGCGCCCGGCUUCUGACGUCCAUUGAAUCGCGCGGGCGGCCGGUGGCGAGCGCGGGGCUGCGCCAGGAUCGCUGCGCCCUCCGCCGCUCGCCUCUGCGACGCGCGCCGCUCGCCCGAGCCACCCGCCGCCGCCGCGCUCCUCGUCCUGCGCCUGCCCCAGGAUGGUCUGCGCCAGGCACCAGCCCGGCGGGCUCUGCCUCCUGCUGCUGCUACUCUGCCAGUUCAUGGAGGACCGCAGCGCCCAGGCUGGGAAUUGCUGGCUCCGCCAAGCCAAGAACGGCCGCUGCCAGGUCCUGUAUAAGACCGAGCUGAGCAAAGAAGAGUGCUGCAGCACCGGCCGACUGAGCACCUCGUGGACCGAGGAGGACGUGAACGACAACACUCUCUUCAAGUGGAUGAUUUUCAACGGGGGCGCCCCCAACUGCAUCCCCUGUAAAGAAACGUGUGAGAAUGUGGACUGCGGACCUGGAAAAAAGUGUCGUAUGAACAAGAAGAAUAAACCCCGCUGCGUCUGUGCCCCAGACUGUUCCAACAUCACCUGGAAGGGUCCAGUGUGUGGGCUGGAUGGGAAAACCUACCGCAACGAAUGUGCACUCCUUAAGGCCAGAUGUAAAGAGCAGCCGGAACUGGAAGUCCAGUACCAGGGCAAAUGUAAAAAGACUUGCCGGGAUGUUUUCUGUCCAGGCAGCUCCACCUGUGUGGUAGACCAGACGAAUAAUGCCUACUGUGUGACCUGUAACCGGAUUUGCCCAGAGCCUUCCUCUGCGGAGCAGUACCUGUGUGGAAAUGAUGGAGUGACUUACUCUAGUGCCUGCCACCUGAGAAAGGCCACCUGUUUGCUGGGCAGAUCGAUUGGAUUAGCCUAUGAGGGAAAAUGUAUCAAAGCAAAGUCCUGUGACGACAUCCAGUGCGGUGGUGGAAAAAAAUGCCUGUGGGAUUUCAAAGUUGGCCGAGGCCGUUGUUCCCUCUGUGACGAGCUCUGCCCGGAGAGUCAAUCGGAGGAGCCAGUCUGUGCCAGCGACAAUGCCACGUAUGCCAGCGAGUGUGCCAUGAAGGAAGCGGCCUGCUCCUCUGGUGUGCUGCUCGAAGUGAAGCACUCCGGCUCUUGCAACUGAAUCUGCCUGUAAAACCUGAGCCAUUGAUUCUUCAGAACUUUCUGCAAUUUUGACUUCAUAGAUUAUGGUGGUUUGUUUGUUUGUUUGUGUUUGAGUAAACUUACUGCAUAACUGCAGAUGCCCAAAACAAAACAAAACAAAAAAAAAAAACCAAAAGCAUCACACUGCAAGUCAUGUAAAAAUACAACGCUGUAAUGUGGCUGUAUCAGAGGGCUUUGAAAACGUACACUGAGCUGCUUCUGCGCUGUUGUUAUCCGAAUUUAAACAACAGCUCCCCCUGUAUUCCCCCAUCUAGCCAUCUCGGAAGAUACGGAGGAAGAGGAGGAGGAAGAAGACCAGGACUACAGCUUUCCUAUCUCUUCCAUUCUAGAGUGGUAAACCCUCCAGCAGUGUUCAGUGUUGACAUAGCCCUUGGGCAAAACAAAACACAACAAAUGAAAAGAAAAAUGAAAAAAAAAAAGAAAAAAGAUAGAAAAGAAAAUAACAAAAAGAAAAAAUAUAUUGUCCAUAAUGUAAAUAAGUGUAUGCUUAUUUAUUUGGGGGGAAAAGUAUACAUGAAAGGACCUUUGUCCUAAAGCUCUCUCCCAGACCACACUGUUACUCACAGGGCCUGGAGAGAUUGUCAUUUUGUGGUCUACUGGAUGAGGCCUAUAGUUGAGACGUGUAGACGUUUAUUUAUACUGUGUCAUGUUUUAUAAUUUAUACAUAAAAUGUCUGGUUGACUGUACACCUUGUUUUUGAAGAAAUUUAUUCGUGAAAGGAAGAGCAGUUGUUAUUUAUUGUGAGGUCUCUUGCUUGUAAAGUAAAACCGUUUUUUCCCCCUUGUAAACCAUUGAAGUCCAUUCCUUACAAUCCACUCACUCACUCACCUGCCUUCUCUUCAUUUCACUGCUGUUAGAAUUUUUUUCUUCCACUUUUUAACAAAUUUGCAUGUCAGUUCCUGUCAUGUUUAUUUAUUGGAUUCUCAGCGGCCUACUCUGUACAUACCUGAUCCUUCGGGUUUUGUUUACAAGGAAUCUUGACUGACCAAAAGGCAUUAUAACUCUGCCUCCGAUACCAGGUACAGAGGAUAUGCAUCUUGGAGGAAACGUCUGCUUCCGUUCCCUUGUUCUGAUGAAAACAUUGUGAGAGAGGCUUUAAAAUUCUAGAACUGUACUUUUAGGAUGUUACAGAUCCAAAGACCUAGUGAUGUGGGUGUCAGGAGACUACACAGAGGUGAAAGUACACUUUCAACCUGUCAUUCGGUGUUUCCUUUGAGGGAGUCGGCUGUACCUUUUCAAUUAGUUCUUUUUCAACCAAUGUGUCACUAAAAGUUCCAUCAAAGCUUUAUCAGUUCAAGUUUCUUGCUUUUCAUAAUACUUUUUUCUGAUGCAAUUUUAUAUUUUCAAACAUGGCAAGUUAAAUAUAAAUUCAUUUAAAUAUAUAGUUUUGUACUUUUCUACCAUGUAAAUGUGCAAUGUACAUAAAAGUUAUAAUGUGUAUUUGUAAAUAAACGAUGAGUGAAAAAAUAAAAAAAAUUUAAAAAGCCAA